AUGCAUUAUUCAUACAAAUUAUUAAUUAUAUUUAUAAUUGUGAUUAUUAAUGGGAGAUUGUGUGAAUUAGAUAAGGAUGAAUGUGCAUUAAUGCCUAAAAUAUGUAAUCACGGAGUUUGCGUUAACGUUCCCGGUUCAUAUCAAUGCUACUGUAAGCCAGGAUACACUGGCGAUAGUUGUGAACAAGAUAUUGAUGAAUGCCUUUCGUCGCCGUGUAAAAACGGCGGUACGUGUCAGAACUUAGAAAAUAAUUACGAGUGCACUUGCAUUGAUGGUUUUGAAGGCAAAGAUUGUUCGAUAAAUAUCAACGAAUGCGAAUCCAACCCUUGUGCCGCCGGAUCCACAUGCGUCGAUGGUAUUGCCAGCUAUUCUUGCGUGUGUCAGGAAGGAUUAACGGGAGCCAAUUGUGAGAUCGAUAUUGACGACUGCGAGUCGCAGCCGUGCCAGCACGGCGGGCGGUGCACGGACGCGCUGGGCGGGUUCACGUGCUCGUGCGCGGGUACGGGCUACGCGGGCCCCACUUGCGAGCUGGACGUAGACGAGUGCGCGUCGCAGCCCUGCCGCCACGGCGGUACCUGCCUCGACGAACUGAACGACUACCGCUGCGCCUGCCACCCCGGGUACACAGGCAAGAACUGCGAGGUGGACGUGAACGAGUGCGAGAGCUCGCCGUGUCAGUUCGGUGGUGUGUGUCUGGAGCGCAGCAACGCUAGUUUGUACCAGGAGGCUGGGGCGCCGCCGCUGCUAGUGGGCCCGCAGCCGCACAUGCUGCUGCCAGCCAGCUUCUACCAGCCGUUCUCGCUCGACGCGGCCAGCGGGUACGAGUGCGUGUGCGUAGCGGGCACGGCAGGCGCGCGCUGCGAGGUGAACGUGGACGAGUGUGCGUCGUCGCCCUGCCGCCACGGCAAGUGCCUGGACGCCGUGGGCGGCUACACCUGCCUCUGCGCGCCCGGGUACGAAGGCCAGCACUGUGACCUGGAGAUCGACGAGUGCCAGCGGUACGCGCCGUGCGCGCACGGGCGCUGUGUGGACCUGCGCGCGGCGUACUUGUGCGUGUGCGACGCGGGCUGGGGCGGCCGCAACUGCUCCGUACUGCUGCAGGGCUGCCGCCGCCAGCCGUGCCGCCACAACGCCACCUGCCUGCCGUGGCUGUACCGCGAGACAGAACACCGCUUCAACUGCUCCUGCACGCCCGGACACUACGGCACCACCUGCGAGAAGAUAACGACGAUGUCGCUGGAGAACAGCAGCUAUGCUGAGGUGAACACGUCCCGCGAGGAGGGCUACGACCUGUCGUUCCGCUUCAAGACCACGCUGGGGCACGGGCUACUGGCCAUGGGCCGCGGCCUCACCUACUUCUUCCUGGAGCUGUCCAGCGGCCGCCUCAACCUGCACUCCAGCCUGCUCAACAAGUGGGAGGGCGUCUUCAUCGGCUCCAAUCUCAACGACAGCAACUGGCAAAAGGUGUUCGUGACGAUCAACUCGUCGCACCUGGUGCUGGCGGCCAACGAGGAGCAGACCAUCUACCCUAUCAGCCAGAACGAGGCGUUCAACGCGUCGGUGACGUCAUUUCCGUCCACGCGCCUCGGUACGGCCGGCUCCUCGUACGCCACGCUCACGCACGGCCCCAACUACUUCGUCGGCUGCUUCCAGGACGUCGUGGUCAACGGACAGUGGGUGUUGCCGGAGGAUUCAAACACGACGUCGGCGGAAGCGGCUGGGGGCGAGGAAGAGGAGGAGGAGGAUGAGGAAGUGGAGGAGGGGGGAGACGCGGGGAGCGUGGCGGCGGCCGAGCUGCACGGCGUGGCGGCGGCGUGCCCGCGCGUGGCGCAGUGCUCGCCUAACCCGUGCCGGUGGGGCGGGCUAUGCGAGGACGCGUGGUCGCGGUUCAUUUGCACGUGCGCGCGGCCGCACCUGGGCGCCACGUGCCAGCACACGUACGCGCCCGCCACGUUCGCGCACGAAGCCGCGCGCGCGCGCUCCACGGUGCGCGUGCGCGUGGCGCCGCACGCCCGCCGCGCCGUUCUCGCCGCGCUGCACAUCUCCAUGUUCAUCCGCACACGCAAGCCCACCGGACAGAUCUUCUACCUCGGCUCCGGGCCCAGAUUCGGUCAAACGGACGAGACACUAGUGGGUGCAUCGCUGAAUGGUGGUGAACUACUAUUGCACUUACGCUUCAACCAAACGCCUGAAAACUACACGGUUGGAGGAACACGGCUCGACAAUGGAUACAUGCAUCUUAUCGAGGUGGUCAGAAAUUCAACUUUAGUGCAAGUGAAAUUGAACGGCACCGAGUACUUCAGGAAAUCUAUAUCUGCAGCAAGACAGCUCGAUGCACAGGUGUUGUACCUGGGCGGGCCGCCUCCGUUGGAAGAGGUGUCAGCGCUGCCGGUUCCCGCUGCACUGUCGUCCCCCCGCCUCCUCCGCGUCCCCCCUCCCCGGUUCCCCCGCUUCCCCCGCCUCUCCUGUCCCUGCUUCCCCGGUACCCGCUUCUCCAGUCCCCGCAGCUGCCUCCUCCAUCCCCGCUGGAGCCCCCCGUCGACCCCGUGUACCCCGCCGCCCCACUGUCCCCGCUGUCCCCAAUGCCCCCCCGCACUCGAGUCAUCGACCCCGGAGCCCACUACGCAAGCGCAGCCGCACGAUGAUCCCGACUACUUCAAGGGUGUCAUACAAGAUGUUCAAGUGAGUAUCCAAAUCGUUUUGCAGGCUGUAAAUUAG